AUGGCGGUCUCAUCGGGCAAGCAGCUGCCCGCCGACUUGGAGUAUGUGCAGUAUGAGCACCGACUUGAAGGCCAAUACCUCCCAGCCAUCCGGUCGCUCAUCUCAAAAGACCUGAGUGAGCCCUACAGCAUCUACGUCUACCGGUACUUUCUCUACCAGUGGUCUCAUCUUUGCUUCAUGGCCCUGGACCCCGAGGACGACUCACUCAUCGGCGUCAUCAUCUGCAAGCUCGAGGUUCAUUCAUCGCACUCGCCUCCAACCCGUCGAGGGUACAUUGCCAUGCUGGCUGUGGCCUCACAUUUCCGCGGGCGGGGGAUUGCCACCGCCCUGGUGAAGAAGGCAAUCGAGGCCAUGGUAGACCGCAAUGCGGAUGAGAUUGUGCUGGAGACGGAGGAGACAAACACGCCUGCCAUGAGGCUGUAUGAACAGCUUGGCUUCAUACGAUCGAAGAAGCUGCAUCGAUACUAUCUGAAUGGGAACAGCGCUUAUCGAUUAGUCCUCCUCUUGAAAGCAGUCGAUUCAGAUCGAAGCUCCAUCUAUGAUGAGAGUCAAAUCACAUGA